AUGGAAGCACCUGCCGCGGCGCUGCCAACAGCUGACGGCCCCCCUGCAGCAGAACUGCCCAUGCCGCCUCUGACCGACUUUUCCAAAGGUGCUUUAGGAGCUGAGACAGCAACCCGGGGGCUGGACGUAGGCGCCGCGCUCGAGGCCUUGAUUGCACAUGCCGAAGCUCAAAUGAACGCGCCCGCAUCGAGUGGAGGAACUAAGAGGCUGUCGGAGCGGGUGUCUCCGGUAGCUGGCCCUUCGAAGAGAAGAAGAAGACUCGUGAAAGUCUCAGAGAGUACCAGCGGCGUUGCGGCCGAGCCAGCUGCAGGCACAGUCGCUUCUCGCAUCGGCGGUGAAGACCUGGAGGAGCGCGUGCGCGGAGCAGUUGGACCGGCUGGGGGCGACGCUGUGCCAGGUGGAGGAGCGGGUCAAGGGCGAGAUCGUGGUCACGCGGCGCACGACGUACGCCGUCUCCAAGAUGGAGAAGGAGAAGCAGGAGCAGAACCUGCUGAUCGACCAGCUGCAGGAGCUGGAGUCGCACGCGAUUUGUCCGAGCAGGCCACGGGCAGCCGUCGCAGCAGGCGCAGGGCAAUGAAGGAGCGGGUGGUUGCUGAUUUCUUUGGGGAGUGCCAGCAGCAAAGAGCUACCUUGGCAGCCCGAGAGGAGGAGACGUUCGGCCCACCCUCCUCUCCAGCUCGACACGAUACCCCCUCCCCGCCUACUCGACAUGGCUUUGCUGCAGAUUUUCAAGCUUUGGAGACCUUGGAAACCGACGGAGCCGAGGCUCAAGAGCAAGAGCCGGUCCAAGAACCGACCCCAACAGCAGCAGCGCCAACUCGAGUCGCCGCAGCGCCCAGCCUGAUUGACCUCAGCGCUUCCUUUGACGGAAUACGGGUGCCUCCGCCCGCCCUGAUCUGA